AGCAUGGCAGGAACCUAUUGUGGUGCUUCCUGUAACUAUGUGAUAAGGGAACCUAUUGUGGUGCUUCCUGUAACUAGGAGAUUGCCCAAUGGGUGUGAUGUGUUUCCUGUAACUUGGAGCAUUGCAUCAAUGGGUGUUGGUCCUUCCUGUAACUAUGAGUGUGAUAAGGGAACCUAUUGUGGUGCUUCCUGUAACUAG